CGCAUGAGAAUCCGAUAAGCGGCCCGAUAAGCGCCGUGAGCUUGUAUUGUGAAAGUCUGAGAAGACAGAUGUUGCGCUAGAAUAGGAUGCAGUGCUCUCGCUUCGGGUGUUUGCGGAUGUGUUUGUUUGUCUGUACCUGUCGCCGUUACGUAGUGAAAUGUGCCGUGGUUUGACCUUGCGACGGUAACAGCAACAACGACGAUCGCGGCUGUCCGGGCCCACUGCGACGGCAUGUCCCAAGAGCUACCGUUUCAAGAGUGGACCAACAGUGGGGCGCCGACCACGGACACGACGUUCCGACGCGAUGGCCCCGCUCCUAACAAGAGCGAAGCGGCCAAGCUACUCGAGUUGUCAUCGGAAAGUGAAUCCGAACCGGAACCGCUCCAGCUCGUGCCGCCCAAGCGCAAAGUGCGCUUCCGAAAGCGGCUUCGCGGUGCCCGCGGCCUGGUGCUUACGGGCAGCCCGCACUCUGGCAGUGCGUGCUGUGGGGGCGGCAGUGAAGGAUGCAUCUCGCUGGUCAAAGCCCUAGGCUUUCUCCUCGGGGUGGCCAUCUUGGUGGCCCAGGCCUGGUUCCUGCUGAGCGUGCGCUCCCGCCUCGACCACCUGUACACCAUCUACCGACAAAAUAUGGACGUGGAUGGCAAGAAGCUGCCGGCGCAGCUGCACGACCUCCACGGCCAGAUCAAGGGCCUCGAGCAAAACCUGAGCAGCACAGCCACCGAACUGCAUCGAACUGCGGCGGACCUCGCGACACUAGCCAAGCAGGUGGCUGAGCUCAAGGCGACAACUGGCAGCUUGCAAGAGAGCGUAGCCUCGGCACCCCAAAUUAAGGGGCUCCCCAGCGCUGUCACCGAUCUCAAGCAGAAUGUAGCCAACCUGGGCAGCCAGGUGUCCAGCCUGGAGAACGGCCUUCAGGCCCUCAAAGAGCAACACAACAACCUGCAGGUGCUGCGCAAGGACAUCGACCAGGUCAAGGAGCAAGUCCAGCGGAUCAGCAAUGCUUCCGCAGUGGCGAUGGACGACCAGAGUUCGACACACACCAGUUUGCACGACUUGGAACAGAGUGUGCAACAGUGCCUGGCAGAGGUGCGAGCCGUCGUCGACCAGAGGGUAGUCGGCCUCGAGUCCUGGCCUCAAGGAGGUGCACACGACUACUGAGAACCACACUGACAUUCUGCUGAGGCAGCAGACGCAGCUGGAAGGCGUACUCAACUGCACCCACAGCUGCCCAGCCGACCUGUCACCCGAGAACCUCAGCCUAGCCUUGGACCGGCUGUUGUCCCCGAACACUACGGUGAACGGCUCCACCGUGGAUGUUCUGAGGG